AUGGUAAAUGCUCAAGAAUGGUUGGAUAAAAAUUAUCUGAAAGACACAAGAGGAAGGCGUAGGAAUUCAUUACGGAAAGAAAGAAGAGAUAUUAAUGAAUUAGAUAUUUCAAACAAAAAUUUAGAGGGUCAUUUAGAUUUAAACGACUUUGUAAAUUUGACUAAAUUGGAUUGCCAAAACAAUCAAAUUAAUGGCAUAAAUUUUAGUAAUUGCUCUAAACUGUCAUUAGUUAAUUGUAGCAAAAAUCAACUAAAUGAUUUAAACUUAAAUAACUGCUCAAGUGUUGUCUUAUUGGAUUGUAGUGAUAAUUUUCUCACUUGCCUCAAUUUCUUGAGUACUUUGUCUAGUGAGAAUAAAGAAAAAUUAGAAGUACUUAAUAUAAGUGAAAAUAACUUUUCUGAAAGUAGUAUGGAUGUAUUCAGUAGUUUUGUUAAUUUACAAGUGUUACAUUUAGAUAAUUGGUGUAAAGAGAAAAUAGACCGGGGUAUUUAUAAUCGUUUUUCUGGGUCUUUCGAGCCCUUACAAAAAUUAACAAAGUUAAAAAAACUAAAUGUUAGUCAUACUGACAUAAAUAGUGGUUUGGAAUUUUUGCCCGCUAGUCUUGAAUUUUUCUAUUGUUCUAUCUAUAACAGACCUAAUAGUCAAGUUAAAGUAAUUAAUCAAGAAUUGAUAAAGUACGGUGGUCCAGAUAAGAGUUAUAAUUUUUCUCGUUCACUUUCUCUUUGGAAGGAAGCCCACCGGGAAAAAGAAAGUACAUUUCGGCAGUACCAGCAAAGAAUCCAAGAAUUAGAAGAAAAUUUACAUAAACUUCAGAGAAGAGUUAGCGAACUAGAAACGGAGAAAGAUGAAUUGCGGGAAGAACUAGGAAAAACGCAAAUAAGAGACGGAAAAAUAAUUAGAAAUAUCCUAUUGAUUGGUCGUACUGGUAAUGGUAAAUCAGCUUUAGCUAACGUGAUAUAUGGGAAAAAUAAAUUCAAAGAAGGAGAGUUUGGAGUUAGCGAAACUAAAAUCAUGCAAGAAGAGGAAAUAGAAAUAGAUGGAAUAAUUUAUCGAGUGAUCGACACUAUCGGAAUUGGAGACACCCAAUUAUCAUUGCAGCAGGUGCUAAAUAUAAUAGCCGAUGCGGUUUAUUCAGUGCGUGAUGGCUUAAAUCAGAUAUUCUUUGUAACUAGCGGCCGUUUCACCGAAGAAGAGAUAUUUGCUUAUAACUUAGUGAGAAUGACUAUUUUUGACAAAAAUAUUGUUAAAUAUACAACUAUCGUGCGAACUAAUUUUCCAAACUUUCGAGAAACGAGUAAGUGUCAAGAAGAUAAACAAAAAAUGAUCGAGAAUAACGAGCAACUGGCUGAAGUAAUAAAUUCCUGUGUUAAAGUUAUUCACGUGGAUAACCCACCAUUAAACGUUAAUGAUGAAAAUCGUUUAUCUUUGCAUAAAAGGGAUAGAGAAGUUUCCAAAAGUAUAUUAUUAGCUCAUUUACGAGUUUGCCAAGGAAACUAUAAACCAUCUAAUUUAGAUAUGUUGAACAAAAGAAUUAAUGAGGGUAUACCCGAAAAAGAAGAGUUAGAAAAAGAGAUUAAGAAAUUAAGAGAUGAUAAAAGAUUUCUCGAGCGAGAAAUAACUAAACUAGAAAAGCGACCUAUAACUACCGAAAGAAAUUCACGAAUAGAAAAAUUAACUAAUAAAAGAAAUCAGACUAUAGAAUUAAUAGAGGCUAUGAUAAAAGAACGAGCAUGUUACAAUGAAAUUAUUUUUAAGGUAACUGAAAAGGCGUUUAGGGAAAAAGGCUUCUUUCAAUCAAUAGGUGGGGGAUUAGACAAACUUACCGAAAAGGCCGUUGAGCAUAUAGACGUGUUACCCAUCAAAUGUUCAUUAAUGUAA